AUGACAAUAUCAGCUGCACAGAAGACAGCAAUAGAGGAGGUCAUUGAAAUCUUAGUUGCAACUACCCCAGCUCGCGGAAAACGUCAAUUAUCUCAAUUGUUCAUGGAUCUCGUCGACAGAACAGAGUGGCCUGAGUAUUAUGAGGUCAUACCCGAGCCUCGAUGUAUCAACGCCAUUAAGUCAAGCGUUGAACGGAACAGAUACAAGGACGCGUUGAACGCGUAUACCGAUCUGUCCCUCGUGUUUUGGAACGCAUUGUUCUACAACGAACCGGAUAGUCAAAUUGCUACUGAUGCACAGACCCUCAAGAUUGUACUCGAAACUGAAUGGCAGAAGAGAAGCAUUCUUCCCGUGCCCCGACACUCGCCACCUCCUUCAUCUGCUCAAAAGGUCCACGGAACGGGUCCCGCUGCACCGCCGCAUCCCAUUGUUGUCCAGCCUUCCACUUCUACGACCACCAAAAUGAGGACAACAGCUCCAACAUCCGCUGUACCUCCAACUUCCGAGUCACACACCGCCAAACCCACUCCUCUAAAGGGACCAGUGGCUGCAGAAGAAAGGGUUGGAGAUAGUGAGGCGAUCGUCCGUCAGCUUGAGAAAAGUCUCCCAAGAUGGCAAGCCGUUGGAGAACUAGGGAUGUCCGAGGACCGACUGGUUGAAAUUGUGCACAGUCCUCCUAAGACCCAUACGCACGAGGACGCUCGUGACCGGACCAUGCUGACCGCGGCAGGGAAUUUGACUGUUCCCCCGAUUGUCGACAAGCUUCCCCCCGAAACGAUAAAACACUUUGAGCGCUCCCCAGACACAAACGAGCUGUUCUGGUUUGCCGCACCUCCGAUGAACACCGCCCGGACACCGCCCCCACAGCAUAGUCUGGCGUACCUGCAUUUCCUAGCGACAAAACACAAGAAAGAACUGCAGGCGGGCUCAGACGUCAUGGACGCCGGCGGUGAAGCUGGUUUGACAGGUCAUUCAAAGCGACAACGCACGGUUGCGCCUCCAACAGUUAGCGAAAUUCUCCAAGCGACCAUAAAUUCAGCAUCUCCCGAGCUCCUUUAG